UUUAUGAGUCGUUUUAUUGUCCACUUCAUGGACGAGUCGCACCUGGGGAUUUGUGAAUCCGAUGCUCCAACUAAUUUGCAUCAAGUAUAAAUAUCAGAAAUUUCUGAAACUGGACUAUUACUGAACCGCGCUUCACUUCACAGACAUGAUUCGCUUGCUCAUGGUUUGCGCUUUGGCGGCUGCGGCUCUCGCCGACGUUUCGCACAUUUUGGGCCGCCGCCCCUUCGCCGCCCCCGUGCGCUCCGUGUCCGUGCAACCUGUGGUAACCGCCACCAACUACCGCCCCAUUGCCAUCGUCCGCCAAAGCCAGGACGUCUCCCCCGACGGCAGUUACCAAUACAGUUAUCAGACGGAGAACGGGAUAAGUGCCGAGGAGACGGCGCAAGUUCGUGCCGUGGGCAACGACUUGGAGAAGACAGCUCAAGGAGCUUUCUCGUGGACGUCUCCCGAAGGAGAGCAAGUUUCCGUGUCUUAUAUUGCCGAUGGAAACGGAUACCAACCGCAGGGAAGUCAUUUGCCUGUUGCUCCCCCAAUUCCUCCAGCGAUUCAAAGGGCUUUGGCUUGGAUUGCGGCGCAUCCGCAGCCAGAAAGUGCGGUUUAUGGACAAAGAAGAUUCUAGAUUUAGGAUUUGAGAAUUAAUUUUAAUAAAGUGGUUUCCUAAAA